CAGUUGGGUUCAGACCUAACCAUGCGUCUUAGCGACUAUGGUAAACAGUUUGAAGACUGGAUGCAAAAGGUUUUCUUCAAAUAUGGAAUAUUUGUUGCAAAACAUCAAUUCUGGUUUUUAAUUGUACCUCUCGCCCUCACAGUUCUUUCGAUUCCUGGAUUAUUCUACUUACAAAUUAAUCUUGAUCUCUAUAGAUUAUUCGUUCCAACAGAUGCACCAGUCAGAUAUGAAUUCGAAAGAACAAAAGAUUUUAACAGUUUGUCACAAGGAGAUCUCAGUCUGACACCAAAAAGGAAUCGACGAGAGUUUGAUUGUGAAGAUGGCUCAUGCUUCUUGCCUGAUGUUGAAAUGGACAGACUGAAGCGAGAUCUUCAAGCUUUGGAAGAUGAAGCUCGACUAGACGUGCCGUUCGGAAACGCAUCAAGUAUGGCAAGAUAUAAAAGGGAUGUGAAUAAGGAUAAGGAAAAGAAAGAACGCGAAAGGAAACUUAUUCCUGCCAAACAUGAUAUCCUUCGAUUCUACGUUGUUCAUCGGAAAUUCGACAAUCUUCUGCAAUCAAAAUAUCUUGGACCACUUUUCCAGUUCACUCAAGACAUGAUGAAAGUGACAAACGAGUUUGAAGACGAAGUUUGGGGACUCGAAGAUUUUUGUACGAAAGAUCCAGGCUCCGCGAGCUGCAAUAACAACUUGAAUCUCUGGAUCAAGCAUGCUGAUGUUCUUUUCAAGGAUGGAAAAAUAAAGGCAAACCCGAAUUUGCAAUUAUCCUACCCAGUGUUAUAUCUUUUCAAUCGCCCAAAAGAUAUUGGAAAUGUUAUUUACGGAGUCGAUGUAAAAGGAGAGAAAAACGAGAUUCAAGGAGCUAGAGUUUUGACCAUUCAUUGGUUUGUCAACUAUCCAGCAACUGCUGAAAACAAUCGAGCUUAUUAUGCCUAUCGUCAGAAGCUUAAUGAAUACUGGGAGUCUAUUUCAGAAAACAUUGAUCUUCAGUUCAUUCCUCACAAUGACAAGGCUAUGGAUGACGAAAUGCUGGAAAUCAUUAAAACCACGGUACCUUUUGCUUUCCCUGCAACUAUUCUUCUUACAAUCUUCGUGUUGUCAGCCAAUUACAGUAGUGAUAGAACAAAAUCGAAACCAAUUGAAAUGUGCGUCGGAGUUUGGUGUGUCAUCUUUGCCCUCAUUAUCACUUUUGGAGUGUUCUUCUUCUUCGGAGCUAAAUUUAACCCAGUUACUUCUACGAUGCCGUUCCUUGUGUUAGCCGUGGGUGUCGAUGACGAUUUCCUGAUGAUGGCUGCUUGGAGAGAAUGUGACCGGAAACAUUCCCCUGCUAUCAGGUUAGGCUUUGUGAUGGCUGACGCUGGAGCUUCCAUCACAGUUACAUCAUUCACCAACUUCUUCUGCUUCUUCCUCGGUUGGUUCAUGUGCUCAACCCCAGCUGUCGCUGAUUUCUGCAUUAUUACCGCUGCCGGAGUUUUCUUUGACUAUUUGAUGCAGAUUACUUUCUAUGCUGCUAUUCUGAAAUAUUCUGGAGAUCGCGAAGAAACUGGAGGUUUGGCUAGUUGUUGUUACAAGAAAAAUGACGAUGAUGAUGAGGACGUCGAAACUCAACGCGAGCAACGCGAGCAAUCCGAAGCCGCCAAGGAAAAAGAAGAAAAUAUCGAUUUUGCACACCACGAGAAAACCUUGGAUUUGCCAUACAUGCACCAGUUCUUCCGUGAUACAUUUGCACCAUUUGUAAUGAAGAAGUGGGUUCGUGUCGCAUCUCUUGCCCUGUUUCCAAUCUAUACUGCAUUUGCAAUCUAUGGAUGCUCGAUUCUGAGAGUUGAUAUUUCUCCUGUCAAGUACAUCAGAGAUAACUCCCCAAUUCAGACGUUUGUGGCUCUAGCAGAUAAGUAUAUUUGGGCCGACAACGUGAUGCCAAACUUCCACAUCAUGUCACCUCCUGAUCUUCGCGACGAGGGAGCACGUAAUAGACUGAAUGAGUUGGUUUACAAGCUUGAAAGCACGAAAUACUCUAUCGGAAGAGUAUCAACCAACUUGUGGGUAUGGCAGUACCAGCAAUAUUUGAACGAUUUUCCUCAUAUCAAUUACACUUCUGAUUUCUAUGAUAGAAAGAAUUUAAGAGAAUUCUUCUCUCAGCUGGACUACUCCCAAUAUAGAGAUAAGGUAAAAAUCUUGGAUAACGUCACAAAUGGAGAACCUUGUAUUUCUGCAUUCUCAUUCCAAACAUCUUUCUACGGACUUGACAGUUGGGACAAGCGGCAGUCUGAACUUUUCUACUGGCGUGACAUUCUUAAGGAAUUCCCAGAGUUUGAUAUGUUCCUUUCUGGAAUUUUCAGUCCAUUCUUGAUUGAUCAACGGCACACAAUUGCUCCUUCAUCUAUGCAAACAAUUGGCUCAGCGCUUGCCAUGAUGGCUCUCAUUUCUUUCUUCUUCCUACCAGACGCGCAAUCCGUAUUCUUGAUGACCUUUUCCUUACUCUCCAUCUCAAUGGGUGUGUGCGGAGGACUUGCUCUUCUUGGCUCAGAUUUGGACUCCGUCAGUAUGGGUUGCAUUGUUAUGGCUAUCGGAUUGGCUGUUGACUACUCGGUACACAUUUGCUAUAGAUAUCACAGAUCUGAAUAUAAAACAGCACAAGAAAAAGUGGCUGACACACUUGCAUCCGUCGGAUGGCCCGUCACUCAAGCCGUGUGCUCAACAUUGGUCGGACUAGCAAUCACUGUUUUUGUUCCAGCAUAUUUAGUACGAGUAUUCUUCCAAACUGUUUAUCUUGUGAACAUCAUUGGACUUUUCCACGCGCUCGUCUGGCUACCACAGCUCAUUUCUGCAUUGGAUCCAUGCGAACGUGUUCCUCUUCGAGAACGUGACAGCCUCAUCUCAAAACAUAUUCCACUUUCACUCCAUUAAAUCAAUUAUCUGAACAGUCUCAAUCAUUCAGUGCCUUUUCACCCCGACUCUAGAAACAAUUUUAUGUUUCACGUGUGCAAGUUCAUUUAACUUAUUUUAAUAAUUUAUUCUUGUUUAUUUUUUGUUCCUCUCUGUCAAAAAUUGUGGGGUUUGACAGCUUUAUUGAUCACCAAAUUUUGAAUAUCACAACAGAUUGUUAAUAAACAUUUUGAGAAAA